AUGGAAGGAGAGACAGUCCCCGAGGCCAGGGGAGCAGCCAGCAAAGCCACUCGGAUCGCCCUCGGAGUCUUUGUGAGUGGCACUCUGGUGCUUGGCACCGCUCUCUUCUUGGUUAGCCAAGGUCUAAUAAAGUUCCAUCCAAAGCAACAGUACUGUUUGACUGCAGAAUGCAUUGAAGCUGCUGCUGGCAUCCUGAGCAAGAUAAAUCGAUCUGUAGAUCCAUGUGAGAACUUCUAUCGAUUUGCAUGUGAUGGCUGGAUAUAUAAUAACCCUAUUCCUGAAGAUAUGUCCAACUAUGGUGUUUAUCCCUGGCUGCGACACAAUGUGGACCUCAAACUAAAGGCAUUGCUAGAGAAACCCAUCAGCAAAAGGCGAGACAGUGAAGCUGUACAGAAGGCCAAGAUCCUUUAUGCAUCCUGCAUGAAUGAGAAUAAAAUUGAAAAAGCCGAUGUGAAACCCCUGUUAAGUAUACUGAAGCAUUCGCCUUUCCGCUGGCCUGUGCUGGAAUCCAAUAUUGGACCCGAAGGACUGUGGUCAGAAAGGAGGUUCAGCUUAGUCCAAGCCUUGGCAACUCUUCGUGGCCAGUACAGCAGCUCUGUCUUCAUCCGUUUGUAUGUGGCUGCUGAUGACAAAAUCUCCAAUCGCUACAUCCUGAAGCUUGAUCAAGCAAGCCUCUCUCUGGCAUCUCGAGAGGAUUACCUAGAAAAUACAACAGAAGCCAAAUCUUACCGAGAUGCCUUUUUGCAGUUCAUGGUUGAUACAGCAGUGCUUCUGGGUGCAAACGCUUCCCGAGCUGAAUCUGAUAUGAAAUCAGUUCUAAAGCUGGAAGUUAAAAUAGCAGAGAUCAUGAUUCCAUAUGAAAAUCGAACAAGUGAGGUGAUGUACAAUAAAAUGAACAUAUCGGAGCUUAGUGCCAUGAUUCCACAGUUUGACUGGCUUGGAUACAUCAAGAAGGUGAUUGACACCAAACUCUAUCCUGAGCUUAAAGAUAUAGGUCCUUCAGAAAAUGUGAUUGUACGUGUUCCCCAGUACUUCAAAGAUUUAUUCAGGAUACUGGAGAAUGAAAGGAAAAAGACUCUUGCCAAUUACCUGGUAUGGAGGAUGGUUUAUUCAAGGUUAUUUAACCUCAGUAGACGCUUUCAGUAUCGGUGGCUGGAAUUUUCUCGGGUGAUCCAUGGCACUACAACUUUGCUGCCUCAAUGGGAUAAAUGUGUGGACCUUGUAGAAAAUGCCCUCCCCUACGUUGUGGGUAAGAUGUUUGUGAAAGCCCAUUUUCAAGAAGACAAGAAAGAGAUGAUGGAGGAAUUGACUGAAGGAAUUCGCUGGGCUUUUAUUGACAUGUUAGAAAAGGAAAACGACUGGAUGGACUCUGAAACAAAAAGAAAAGCUCAUGAAAAGGCAAAAGCAGUUAUGGCGAAAGUUGGUUACCCUCAGUUUAUAAUGAAUGACACAUAUAUUAAUGAAGACAUCAAAACACUGAAGUUUACAGAAAGUGAUUAUUUUGGCAAUGUAUUGCAAACUCGCAAAUAUGCAGCCCAAUCUGAUUUCUACUGGCUUAGAAAAGAAGUUCCAAAAACAGAGUGGUUUACAAGCCCAACUACUGUGAAUGCUUUUUAUAGUGCAUCUACCAACCAGAUAAGAUUCCCAGCAGGAGAACUUCAAAAGCCUUUCUUUUGGGGAACAGAGUAUCCCAGGUCAUUAAGUUAUGGUGCCAUAGGAGUGAUCGUUGGCCAUGAGUUUACUCAUGGAUUUGAUAGCAAUGGUCGGAAAUAUGACAAAAAUGGAAAUUUAGACCCUUGGUGGACGACUGAUUCUGAAGAAAAAUUUAAAGAGAAAACAAAAUGCAUGAUUAAUCAGUACAACAAUUACUACUGGAAGCAAGCUGGCUUACAUGUGAAAGGGAAGAGAACUUUAGCAGAAAACAUUGCAGAUAAUGGAGGUUUGCGAGAAGCUUUCAGGGCAUACAGGAAAUGGAUUACAGAAAAGAGGGGAGGAGAAGAAGAGCCUUUGCUGCCAGGCCUUGAGUUCACACAUAACCAGCUUUUCUUUCUGAGUUAUGCCCAUGUAAGAUGCAAUUCCUUUAGACCGGAAUCUGCGAGGGAGCAAAUAUAUACUGGAGCUCACAGCCCUCCUCAGUUCAGAGUAAUUGGAGCCAUGAGCAACUUUGAGGAGUUCCGUAAAGCUUUCAAUUGCGCGGCGAACACGACGAUGAACCGCGGGGCAGAGUCCUGCCGGCUGUGGUAG